UAUGGAUCAAAAGUAAAAAAAAAAACAUUGUUACACACUAAAUUUCUUAUCUUGAAAUUUCGCAAAGUUUCUGAUUUAGAAUUGUUGAUCAGAAAGGUUGAGGGUGAAGAAAGAGAGGAGUGAAAAGCAAGUAUUGGGAUGGACUACUAUGGGAUUUUGGAGGUUGACAGGAAUGCCUCAGAUGAAGAGUUGAAGAGAGCCUACAGAAAGCUUGCAAUGAAAUGGCACCCUGAUAAGAACCGAACCAAUAAGAAAGAGGCUGAGAUUCAAUUCAAACAGAUAUCUGAAUCCUACGAGGUUCUUAGUGAUCCCCAGAAGAGAGCAAUUUUUGAUCGGUAUGGAGAAGGUGGCCUUAAAGGUGGAAUGCCAACACCGGAUGAAGGUGUGGCUUCAUUCUUCCGAACUGGGGAUGGUCCAACAGCAUUUAGGUUCAAUCCCAGAAACGCAAACAACAUUUUUGCAGAAGUGUUUGGGUGUUCAAGCCCAUUUGGAGGAAUGGGAAUGGGGUUUGGCUGCGGUGGCAGAGGCAGAGGCAUGGGCAUGGGGGGUGGGUCGUGGGUGUCAAGGUCCUUUGGUGGAAUGUUUGGCAAUGACAUGUUUAGAGAAGGCAGACCAAUGAAUCAAGUUCCGCGCCGCAAGGCACCUCCCAUUGAAAAUACAUUGCUUUGCAGCCUUGAGGAGCUCUACAAGGGGAGUACCAGAAAGAUGAAAAUCUCAAGGGAAAUUACACAUGCAAGUGGGAGAAUUUUUCUGGUGGAGGAAAUAUUAAACAUUGAAAUCCAUCCGGGCUGGAAAAAGGGAACCAAAAUCACUUUCCCGGAGAAAGGAAAUGAGCAGCCAAAUGUCAUUGCUGCAGAUCUUGUGUUUAUUAUUGAUGAGAAACCUCACAGUGUAUUUACAAGAGAUGGUAAUGAUUUGGUUGUGAUACAAAAGAUAUCACUUACAGAAGCUGAAGCUCUAACUGGCUACACCAUUCAACUUACAACUCUAGAUGGCAGGGGUCUGAACAUCGUCGUAAAGAAUGUGACUAAUCCAGAUUAUGAAGAAGUGAUCACCGGGGAAGGCAUGCCAAUUUCCAAAGAUCCUACAAAGAAGGGUAACCUUAGAAUCAAAUUCAACAUCGAAAUCCCUGACAUAGUUGGUGCCUGAGUGGAAAGCCAGAGAAUUAAGAAGUUUCUGGCACCAUAAGAGUGACAAGCGUUGCAGAGUGUAUCUAGUGUAUAAUAAAAUACUCUUAGGUUUUGUCCCCAUUCUUCGCUUCAUUUUUCUACUUUUUUUAGAUGGAUGUGACUUGCAUAGUUUGUGUUAUGCGUUAACAAUAUCAUUGGCGCAAAUAACAUCCGACAUAUUAGAUUGAGGUAUAAAAAAAAAAUUAAAUUACGGGUGACAGAGUA